AUGGAGCAUUUUGCCCCAUGUGCCAUACGCACGAAGCGUUUUGAAGUUGACCAGUACGUCCGCGUGCAACUGUCGAACGGGCGCUCGGAAAUUGGCGUCGUUGUUUCACUUGAUGAAGUAAAUGAUACCGCAGUGAUAGCCACCCGUCAUGGAUAUGAUGUAACUGUACGUCUUGACAGCGUGCAUCGGGCCUUCCUUCUGGUGCUUGACUUGAAUGGUGUGCUUGUGGCACGCGGUCGGGGAAGUUUUGCUGAUCGCCCCGGUGUGGAGGAAUUCGUGCGGUUUGUCAUGAACAAUUUUGUUGUGGCCGUGUGGACAAGCGGGUUGGAGCGCACCUCCAUUCCUAUUAUUGACAAGGUGCUCAACGGGUAUCAGGACCGUUUGCUUUUUCAACUGUAUCGUGAUUCAUGCGGCGCGCGGCCAACUCCUGAUAAACCUUAUCAUACGGUGAAGAAUUUGCAAAGGAUAUUUGACUCGUACCCAAAGAGUUUUAACGCUGUAAACACCAUCAUUGUGGAUGACUCACCCGAUAAAUGCUCUCAUCCCGAUAUUGCACUUUGUCCGGAGUCUUUCAAUGAUCCGGAGCGGCAAGCGAAUGACAGGGGCCUUGAGAUGGCAAUGGAAGUACUGAAGGAAGUGCUUCGCACAGACUCCCAUGAACCUUUGAUUCGCGCCGCUCAGGAGCGGUUGCUCGCGAUUGCUAAAAGAAAGGAAGAGGCUAAGGAAAAACAACUAAACGAAGGAGCGAAACUGUCAGAUGUUACCGACCACAUGAAGGGUGCUGCCUACAAUAAUGCCAACGCCAACACCAACGGUAACGGUAGCGGUAACGGUAAUGACGACGACGACAACAACAACAACAACAGAAACAGGAACGAUGACAGGAGCAAUAGUAGGAAAAGGAGUGAGGGAAACAAUGCGAAGAAGGACCGCAGUGAACAUAGGUCAAGUGAUAGAAGAGAGGAACCGGAUACGGACGCUGCAGCGAUGAAACCAUCGGAGACAUUUUUUUGGGAAACUCGACUAUGCUGCGAGAAUAUUAGUGUAGGCUGCACCAGGGAUGCAUGCCGCUUUAGUCACGACCCCGAUGAUGGCAAGCGUCCCUGCUCACGCAAGGACAAAUGCCGGCGAGGGCAUGCCAACCGUUGGAGCACCCCCGUAAUGGGACAAAAACAAAAGGAAAAAUACCAGAAGGUUGCUGUUGUCAGAUCCUCAAAGUCGCCACAACAAGCAACAAAAGCUGCGGGGUGCACGGCAGUUCGUGGCGGCGGCGGCAUGUUGGAUGUAUUGGGACUACCGGAGGAUGUGCCACUCUUCUCGACGCAUCCGGACCUUCAGAAGGGACCCGACUCCCGUCACCCCGCUGUGGAACCUCAACUAACGGCAUCUGAGGAAUUACGGCAGCUUAUCGGCCUUCAAAGCCAGCAAUGGAAGCGCCCCGCCUCGGGGACAGUAGCGCAGAAACCUUCGGGAGCACUGCACUUUAAAUCUGACGGCGGUAACGGCGUCUCACUGCUUCGGCAACUACAGGCAACAGUAGGGGCCGUUAGUGGCGGUAGUGAGAAGGUGAACCGACGUAAGCAUAGGAACCGGUAG